CGAUCGUCAACGAGUAUUUGUUUCGUAUAAAGAAAAUAUGGCGGCUGAAUGAAUGACCUACUUUUCAAUUUUCACGCAUGCGCAUCGUACGAAUCAUACUAUUUCCGUUUUCGUCCCACUUGACAGUCGGUAAAAGACAGAAUGCAGAAAGAAGAGAAGCACUUGGAGGCUUCCCUGGAGGCGUUGAUUCAGCGCGUGUCAGAACUCAAGUCCUCAAUUGGUGCCCUCAUUGGCAAGCUGGAACACGAAUAUGAAACACUCAACUGGCCAUCCGUGCUGGACAGUUUUGCCCUGCUGUCCGGUCAGCUGACCUCACUAGGGCGAGUCCUUAAAGGGGACAAGGUGCCUGCCCUGAAAAACCAGCUGCUGCUGCCCAUAUUGAUCUCACCUGAAAUUGACGAGAGCCUGGGGAAACUGACAGAGGGUCGAGUGAUGAUGUUUAACCAUGAGAUUCCACCCACCUACCUUAGGACCAAACCACAGCCAGAGGUGGAGGAGAAAACACAGCAGCUGGUCACCAAGGCAACGUGUUUGGCUCAGGACUUAGCACAUAAGCAGUUGAACAACCUGAACAAGUUCACGAGCAACCUGAUGGAUCUGAUGAACUCUACUAAAGAGGACUGGGAGAACGAUGCAGGUCACAAGAACAGCCAGCCUCAGAUGUGUUCCCAGGACGACACCAACCUGCUGGUUGCCACGGCGCUGUAUGGCAAGGACCUAAGAACGACCCGACCUCGGCACCCCAAGUCUCCACAGAUAGGCAUGAUGCAGGCUCAGCAGGCGAACAACAGGCAGAAUCCUGUAAUGACUAAGGCACCGAGCGCUAUCAAGACCACGAUCAAAUCUGCUGCAGCUUCUCACCCGUAUCAACGACCUUGAUGACCUUUCAGUGAGGUCAUAGGUGGUUUCCAUGGCAACUUGUGUUCUGCAGUGUUUGGGAUGUAGAACAGGUGUCUUACAGAUUGCAGACAUUUGAUAGGAAAUGUUCUACCAUAAGUGUCAUGUGAACAGUUUUCAUGAGCUUCACUCAGUCUGUAGAAGAUCUGGACACAAAUCUUUGAGUGUUCUGAUGAUUUAAGCCUUUGUUAAUAGAAUGGAAUUUAGAAUUAGGUGGGCCUUAAAUUGUGUGGAGAAAUCGUGCUGUUUGCUGAAAAAAUAAUCUGAAGCAAUAGAUGUUUCAUGUGUUGAACUUGUUGUGUUAAACACAAUGUGUUAUCAUUCAUAUUUGGUAAAUGUGAUACAUAAAGCACUACAUCAAAUGUACCCAUAAACGCUGAAUGAAAGUGGUGUACAUGGUUCAUGUUCUAAACAAACUGAUGUCACAUGCACCCCUGUGGGUUUUAAUGAUUGUGCUACAGACUUAUACUUUUGAUAAAUGAAAACUGUUCAUGUAUUGUGAAAGCAUUUUUAUGCCCCCGGGAGGGUGGCAUAUAGCAGUUGAACUGUCCAUCAGUCAGUAUGUCAGUUUGUGUGUAUGUGUGUUUGUCAGUCUGUCCGUCCGUCGGAAAAAAAACACUUUAACGUUGGACAUAACUUUUGCAUUUUUGAAGAAAGAAAUUUGAUAUUUGGCAUGCGUGUGUACCUUAUGGAGCUGAACAUUUUGAGUGGUGUAAGGUGAAGGUCAAGGUCAUCCUUCAAGGUCAAAUGUCAAAUAAAUGGCGUCUGUCGGUCCGAAAACUUUAACAUUGGCGAUAACUUUUUCAAUAUUGAAGCUAGCAUUUUGAUAUUUGGCAUGCAUAUGCAUCUCACGGAGCUGCACAUUUUGAGGGGUGAAAGAUGAAGGUCAAGGUCAUCCUUCAAGGUCAAAGGUCAAAAAAAUAAAUCAAAGCGGCGUUCUCAUGAAGCUGCACAUUUUGAGUGGUGGAAGUUCAAGGUCAAGGUCAUCCUUCAAGGUCAAAAGUAAAAAAAAAACAAAAAAACAUUCAAAGCGGCGCAAUAGGGGGCAUUGUGUUUCUGACGAACACAUCUCUUGUUGUAUAAAAAAUUAAUGUUUAACAAAAUCUUUUUAUAUGUCUCAUGGCUUUGUUCGGAAAUUGGACAUAAAUUAUUACAGUUAAUGAAACUUGAAAAUUAUAA